UUUUAGAACAUGGUAGAAAAGUAGAGAGAGAAAGAUGAAGAAUAAGAGAAUCAUCACUCCAAACACAAGGGAAGAAGCUCCUCUGUUUUCUUGGCCAUGGGACAACUUGCAAAAUUUCAAGUAUUUGCUAUAUGGACCACUAAUUUGCAAAGCCCUACAUGCAAUCUACACAAAAGAAAUCACCAAGAAUGACAAUAUUUGGUGCCUACAUAUUCUCAUCUUGUUUUACCAUAGAGCACUUGUUCAUCAGCUUUGGUCAUCUUACACAAACAUGCUCUUCCUUAAUCGCGCUCGUCGAAUCGACCAACGGGGCGUCGAAUUCAAUCAAAUCGACGCAGAAUGGCACUGGGAUAAUUUUCUGAUACUUCAAAUUACAGUGGCUUCUCUCUCUUACAUGAGUUUCUCUCUCUUGGCAAAUCUCCCAUUAUGGGAUUUAAGGGGUAUUAUUUGCUGCAUAAUACUCCACAUUGGAAUAUCAGAGCCAUUUUAUUACUGGAUUCACAGAUUAUUACACACCCCUGUUUUGUUCCAACACUACCACUUUCUCCACCAUAGCUCGAAAGUCGUAAAUCCUUUCACAGGUGCACAUUUGUCGUUCUUGGAGCAUAUAUUACUUUGUGUAGUCAUAGGAAUUCCGACUCUGGGAACCGCGUUAAUCGGAUAUGGAUCGAUUGGCCUAAUGUACGGUUACCUCUUCGUCUUCGAUUUUCUGAGGUGUUUGCAACACAGCAAUGUUGAAGUUGUCCCUUGUCAACUAUUUCAGGCUAUUCCUCUCCUCAAGUAUCUCGUAUGUACACCGACAUACCACAGUCUUCACCACGCGGAAACGGGGACGAAUUUUUGCCUAUUCAUGCCGUUUUACGACAAGUUAUGGAAUACCUUAAAUGGAAAAUCAUGGGAUCUUCACGAAGAAAUUAGUACUAGAACAAAUAGCAGAGUGCCUGAUUUCGUGUUUCUUGCGCACGGUGUGGAUAUUAUGUCGGCUAUGCACGCGCCGUUUGUUUUCCGAUCGUUCAGUUCGAUUCCGUUCAGUACAAAGCCGUUUCUGAUUGUGAUGUGGCCUUUUACUUUUGUUGUGAUGCUGGUUAUGUGGGCGAAAUCGAAGACUUUCUUGUUCAGCUUUUAUAAUCUUAGAGGUCGUUUGCACCACACUUGGGCGGUGCCUAGGUUCGGUUUUCAGUAUUUCUUGCCUUUUGCUGCAGAAGGCAUAAACAACCAAAUCGAAGACGCUAUCCUUAAAGCCGAUAGAAUCGGAGUUAAGGUCAUUAGCCUUGCCGCAUUAAACAAGAACGAAGGCCUAAACGGAGGCGGGACCCGUUUCACGAACAAGCAUCCAAAUCUUAGAGUUAGAUUGGUCCAUGGUAACACAUUAACCGCUGCCGUUAUCCUAAACGAGAUUCCUCGAGACAUUGACGAGGUUUUCUUAACCGGAGCCACUUCUAAACUCGGUCGAGCCAUCGCCCUUUACCUUGCUCGUCGAAAAGUCAAAGUUAUGAUGCUAACACCGUCUGAAGAGAGAUUCCUGAAGAUAAAAAAAGAAGCACCACUAGGUUUCGAAAAUUACUUGGUUCAAGUUACUAAAUAUCAAGCAGCUAAAAAUUGCAAGACAUGGAUAAUCGGAAAGUGGACAACGCCCAGGCAACAGUACUACGCUCCGUCCGGUACACAUUUCCACCAGUUUGUGGUCCCGCCAAUUAUUCCGUUCCGACUAGACUGCAGUUACGGGAAACUAGCAGCAAUGAAGCUUCCGGAAGAUGUCGAGGGACUCGGUUCGUGUGAGUACACGAUGGAAAGAGGAGUGGUGCAUGCUUGCCACGCUGGCGGGGUGGUUCAUCUUCUAGAAGGUUGGAAGCACAACGAGGUGGGCGCGAUCGAUGUCGAUCAGAUCGAUGUCGUCUGGAAAGCUGCACUUCGACAUGGCUUCAAGCCCUUGUAGAUUUUUCUUUUUUUUUUUUCUUUUUUCUUUCCAACAACAAUAUAUAUACACUUCCUUUA